CAGACGCGUCCAUGUUAGGCUCCAUAUCACAGAAACAUGCAGAACCAUCACCUGAAAGAACACCUGUAUAAAAUCCUGGUGAUCGGGGAUCUGGGUGUGGGGAAAACCAGCAUCAUUAAGCGCUACGUGCAUCAGAACUUCUCCGCCAACUACAGGGCGACCAUCGGCGUGGAUUUCGCCCUCAAAGUCUUGAACCUGGACCAGGAGACCGUCCGACUGCAGCUCUGGGACAUCGCCGGUCAGGAGCGUUUCGGAAACAUGACGCGAGUGUACUAUCGAGAGGCCAUGGGUGCCUUCAUUGUCUUCGACAUCACAAGACCGUCAACAUUCAAGGCGGUGGCGAAAUGGAAAGAAGAUCUCGAUGCCAAGCUGAGUUUAUCCAACGGCAAACACGUGGCAGUCGUGUUGCUCGCCAACAAGUGUGAUCAGGGCGGAGACGUUCUCACGAACAACGGCAUUAAGAUGGAGCAGUUCUGCGAGGAGAAUGGCUUUGUGGGAUGGUUUGAAACUUCUGCCAAAGAGAAUAUUAAUAUAGAUGAGGCAGCGCAGUGUCUGGUGAAGCACAUAAUAUCUAAUGAGAAUGAUCUGCUGCAGUCAGAGGUUACAGACACCAUCUCGCCGCUGCAGGAGUCGAGCAGCGGAGGAACCUGCUCAGCGUGUUUCAGGUCCUGAAGUCACUGCGCCUCAUCCUACAUUAGACUCAACACAAACAAACAGAGAUCUCCUUGUCUCUUAUCAUUCCUUUCCAUUCUCGUUCUUGUUUUAUUCCUAUUUCUUUUUUUCUUUUCUCAUCUCACCUCACCUGCAUUUAUAUGUGUUAGCACUGGCGAGGGGACCUUGCUGCCAUAUCUUCAUUUCCAUGGUAACAGACUUAUCAAACACUGUCUUUUAAGAGGUAAAAGAAAGUUUUGUGAGUUCUCCGUCUCUCUCUCUCUCUCUCUCUCUCUCUCUCUCUCUCUCUCUCUCUCUAUAUUGGCUUAUCUACAGAACUUCACAAGGACCCUUGAGGUUCUGAGUGUUCUUGCCAAAUCAUCAGGAUGCAAACAGAGAAAUGGCAAUAAAACCCCCAAUAGCCACUUAAGAAAGUUCCAAGUGAGGUUCUUUCAUUUCAUUUAAACUUUUAUUGUUUUCCUGUUUAUUUUUAUUAUGGACCAAAUUCUCUUAAGUGAAAAUUACUUACAUAAGCAAAAUGAUUAUGAAUGUUAAUUUGUUUUUGCCCGCUGUGCAUACAAUAUAAAAAAAGUGCCAAACUGUGAAAAACAUAAAGGCAGCCAAAAGUCAUACUGCUCAGAAUUUCUAUACUGUAUACAGUCCUUACAAGUAUUAAUGUAUUAAAAUUUGUCCUGAUUUUUAACUUUUAAACAUUGCUUUGUAUUGUUUUAUUGUUUUUUUUUGUCAACGCUGCAAUACAAUUGACUGGUUAUUUAUCAUGUGGCUGUAAGUUAUAUAUUUUUAAUACAGAGUAUGAAAUUAUGUCAUGUAUUUACUCAGUAUACAGUAGAAUGGUUUUAAGUUAAA